AUGUCUUUGAUCUUGUCGUCACUUUGCGGCACAGUGAACACUUGUCCGCAAUGUGACACCACCAAUGUCAUCCAUGUCUUUUCUCAGGACGAAGUCCAGUACGUUGGAGUGUCAGAUGAUGUCGCCGAGACUGUGAAGGUAGACGUGCCCUGCUUUGAGCUCGAGCGUGCCUCUUUGUUGGGCACGCUUCGAGAGCGCCUCUCCCAGGAAGGCCUGGAGCUCGAGGACAUGCCCGACACCACUAGUCAGGACUUCCUCCGAUUGCUUGAAGAACUUGGCUUCGAAAGUGCCUUGACACGAGCAAAGCUGCAGAAGGCGUACCGACAAGAGAUGAUGUGCCGGAGGAUCUGCAAGGGUCAGACUUCGAUGGAGAGACGAGGUUCCACUGCUGUUUCAACGAACCCUUCUUGCUUGGGCGAGGCAACGGAAAGUGCAGAAGUUGAGGUCGACACCGUUAGCGACGCCUCCAGCGACUUUGUACCGCAUCCAGAGGCUGCUGUCAGCGAUGAAAGCGACUUCGUACCCCACCCAGGAGCUUACAUUUCCGACCUCUCUGGAUGA